AUGUGUUCUUCGUUGCCAGGAUUGGUCAGAAAACUAUUGAAACCUAUAGUUGGACCAAAGUACGAAGGAGAGUACCUUCACAAUGUUGAGAAACUUGGUGAGACUCAAUUGGAUGAGACAUUAACUAAAGCUGUCAUUCCAACAUUUGACAUCGAAAAUUUGCAACCUAUUGUUUUGUCCACAUCAGGUCUACCUUUCUUUUCAUCAUUCCUUUCCUCCAACUGUAUUUGUAUUGGUUUUGGAUUGCAAUGGCUUACUAGGAUUGGUCCGAAAACUAUUGAAACCUAUAGUUGGACUUGGACCAAAGUACGAAGGAGAGUACCUUCACAAUGUUAUCAAGGAGAAACUUGGCGAGACUCAACUGGAUGA